AUGGCAUCAAACGCUUGCAAACUCCUUUGCCUCGUUCUCUCACUCGCCUUCGUCACCCAACUCGAAGGAUAUGGGGACUGUCAGCUAAGUGAUAUAAUUGUGAAACAAUCGAGGACCGGAAAAUUGGUUCAGAACAAACCGGAGUGGGAAAUGAAAGUGACGAACCUUUGUAGCUGCAAAGUAAAAAACGUAAAGUUGUCAUGUGCCGGUUUCAGUUCGGUCACAAGGGUCGAUCUGUAUUUGCUUAAAGUCCGUGACGUGUGUCUCCUCAGAAGCGGUACAUAUGCCUAUCCUCACUCAGACAUCGUAUUCACAUACGUAAGGGACACGAUAUACGACUUCAAGGUCCUCAGUGCCGAUCUCUGUGUUGCCACUUAA